CAGGCUGCAGCAGUGGGCACUGGGCAGUAGCAGUGACUAGACAAGCGCUUAAUCGACACAACAAGAGCACAGGUGCCGAAUAACCCACCAAAAUGCUAUUUUAAACAAUCGCGCGUCUCAUCCCGAAGCCAGAGAUGUGAUGAGGAGCGAGAGUCCAAUGUUACAUUAGUCUCAGCGUGACAUGCUGGCCUGUCUGCCGGUAUCAGACCCCUCCCACCAGCUUCUCUCUCACAUGCAGAUGAACACUGGACUUCAGAAAUGGGACACUACACAGAGGAGAAGAUCACCACACUAUCCUACCCCAGCAGAAUUGGAUGCCUAUGCUAAGAAAGUUGCCAAUAAUCCACUGACUAUAAAAAUCUUCCCCAACAGCGUUAAAGUACCUCAGAGAAAGCAUAUCCGGCGCACCGUGAACGGUCUCGACACCUCCAGCCAGCGCUACAGCCCCUACCCGCCUCAGGUGAACACACGUACGGGCCUAUUGGCCAUCGUCAAAGUCCCCUUCAAAGGGAUUCUCAAGGACAUCGAAGGCGGCCGAGCCCGUUUUCUCCCGAAGCUCAUCAUGAACCCGCACGGCGGGCUUUACGCUAAUUCCAGCACUUUAAACGUUCCUCACACUGUUCCACACCUUCAGACUCUGCCUCAAUCGCAGGCGCCUUUAGGCCAGAAGAACCUUGCUCACUCUCAGGCCUUGCAGGUGCACUCGCAAUCCCUGCAGCAGCAGAAGACCAGUUUACAACCGCAGCAGAGCCUGGCCCAUCAAGAGGCCUUGCAUCACGCCCUAAACCACCAACAGACUCGCAUGCAGCAGCAACAGCAACAGCAGCUGCCAGGCCCACAGGGACUCAGGCAUCAGCCUGAUAUGGCGCAGUCGGUCAACCUGCUGCACCCCCAGGGGUUCUCUCAAUCCCAACCCAUGCCGCAGGCCACGUGUGCCGGUCCUCCGGCCCCCGGGGUUUUGCAGCCGCCCCUAGCGGGCCUGCAGAUCCCACGCAAACUACCCGAUGCCGACGCCCCUCCCAAUGUGACUGUGUCUACCUCAACCAUUCCGCUGUCCAUGGCUGCCAGCCUGCACCAGAACCGGCCCAGUGACCUGAGCAGCAUCGUCAAUCAGAUCAACCAAUUCUGCCAGGCUCGGGCUGGCAUGGGCUCUACCUCCGUGUGUGAAGGACAGAUUGCCAACCCCAGCCCUAUCAGCCGUAACCAGCUCAUCAACGCGAGCUCUCGGGUGUGCACCCAUAACCCCGUCGUGGGCCCUCCACCAUCUUGCUUUCUCGGAAACUCUGUCAAUGCCGGUCCAACCCCUGGGUUACCUCUGCCUGACAUCGCUGCGUUGAAUCGAAUGCCAAUCUACCACAAUGACAUGAAGCAGCACUCUCAGCCCCAGUUACCCCAGCAACAUCGCCAACAGGGCCCUUGGGGCCAGCAUCAGCUGGCGCACCUUCAACAUCUUGCUGAGGGGUCUCAUCAGCCCAAGAGAGAGGGCCUGGUCGGGCCCGGGUUCCUCCCAAAGGGCAUGAACUACCCACAGGACGUGUGCAUGGGUCAACCUUUCAACUUGAAGGCCCCUACUGACAAACCGACGCCGUCUCCUCCGGUCAACGGAAUGCCAGUGGCCUUGAGUUAUAGUAAUGGUCAUUACAUGCAGCCUCCUUGGAACAGCAUCUUGCCCACGCCGAACAGUGACAGCUCAGGGUCUCAAGACCUGGCGGGGCCGUUCCAUGGGGGCCUCUCAGGGGCCUCAAUAGACUGCACCCCCGGGGCUCAAUACCGGUCCGGGGCAUCCAUCUCCAGUCAGACCAACCUGAUGCAGGGCAUGGAGUACAUGGGAGGUGACUUCCAGCCGCCAUGUUUCCGAGCGCAGAAUCCAGGCACAAUGGCAAAGAUGCACAGAGCCUCAGUCAGCAGGGCCACAGAUUCAGGUGAUAGUAGAAAUGUGCAUAUUCACCACCCAGGUUACAGAUGAGCUGCGGCCAGUUAAUGCUAGCGUUAGUCAGUGUUAGUUCAGAUGUGACCCGGUCCCCCCUUUGCAUUUUGUUCUUGGUCUUGCGAGUGAUCUACUGAAUGUUUCCUGUAUGAUGAUGAUUUCUGUGACUACCACAAAACUGAACCCCUAUUGUACACCAUGUAUCCAUGUGCCACUUGACGUUUUUAUUUUUUUUAAUUUUACUAGUUUAGAUUUAAAUGAGUAUAUUCUGGAGACAUUUAAGGGGUGCCAAAAUACUGAAACAUUUGGCUGUUUCUUCCAUUUAAGCUAACAGCAUACAUGUACAAUGUAUAGAGGUUGAUUUGACGAUUUUCUUUCCUCUCAAUGUUUACAUAUUGUGCUUUUGUAACUAAUUCUGAAUCGAUAUGAAAGUGAAAAAUUGAUACUGGGAUAUGCACAUAUGACGAGACUGUUUCUUUUGUCAGACUGUUGAACAUUAAUCAGGUUAAAGUCUUAGAUGGAGUUGUCACACUGUGGCUGUCAAGUCGCGUCGUGUAAAACGUUGAUUUUCCCUCAGACGUGUCAUCUAACGCUCUAUCCUUUGGUUUCAUUUAUUUGUUUUUCAAUAUCCUAUUAGGGUUCAGACAGAAAUUGCUUCGGGACUUGUGCUGUGCCCUAAUAGCAUAGCUUAGAGUUUUAUUUUCUCUCAAUUUAAUUGUAACUACUUGAAUUUCAUUGAAGGCGGUGCUGGCAGGCUUCUUACGGUGGACCAAUGUUUAACAGACGACCCAAAUUUUCUUUUAUUGUCCCCAUUUGUUAGUUUGGUUGUAAAGAUGUCCUUGACCAUAAUUAGAUGAUGAAAGCGUGUUGGCAUAAGCGCAAUAUAAGUGAGCACUACGGGUUGGCCUGUGGCUUCACUGGUGUGCUACUGUAACUGAGAGGUGCGAUUAGCCUGUGUGAAUGGCGUGUGUGCCGGGCCGGAUUGGCUCCCUGCUUUUGCUCCAUCAUUAACACCAUACUGCUCUUCCCUGGCGGGAUCACUUCCAUCUCCGUCACACGCUGUUGUCUGUCAACUGAACCCUACCAAUGUGUUUUCCACCCACUGCAGGUUCUUGAUGUGUCAUGUUCAUAUUUAUUGAAAAUAGCUGAAAUUCACCGCCGGUGACUGUGUGGCUUUCUUUAAAAAUGGGGAAGUAACCUUAACAAAAUAGUUUUUUUAAAGCAUUAGUUGACCCAAAAGUAAAAUGAAAAUAGUUAAAUUGCCCUGACGUUUUGCUGAAUCCAUAUGCUGUGACACACAAGUCAUUUUUUUAAACAGUAUGCUUUGUCAUACAGUGACAAUUUGCAGUGAAUGUUUUUCAUCAAAAAUGCCUUGUUGUCAAUAUGACUUGUGCUUUUUUUAGUAUGUUAGCUUUGUGUAAGGAAAAGAUUGAAAUGCAAUUUAUUAUUUAUUACAUUUUUCCUAUAGUUAGUGUUUGCGUGCAGAUUUAAAAAGAAGUGCAUCAUGAUAAGUUACUACACAGAUGAAAACCAAUAAAACUUUGAAAGGAAAUGAUGUUCAAUGUUAAAUUAGCAUCUUCAGUUAUGAUCUUAAAAGCACCUAGUCAGAAGACUGUCAAGUUUUGUAAAACAAUUCUUCACAAAUUAGUAACAGCAUAUGGAUUGAAACAACAUACGGCUGAAUAAACAAUGACAGAAAUACAAUUUUUUGUAAUGUUUUAUCCAUUCAACCUCUGUAGUUGAGACAUCCCAUGCUCCACAUUUUAACUCCCAUGAAGAGUUUCUCUCUUUCUCAGGUCUACCUGUGCCUCUUCUCAUAUUCCCCUCGACUCAAACCCUUACAGGCGUUGAACGAGUCUCUCCACCUUUAUCAGUGCAGGUCAUCUGUCAGUGGAGCAUGUGUAUUGUCAGACUCUGGUGUAACGGGUGGAGCAACUGCAGAUGAGCAAACCGGUGGAGCUGUGACACCCUGUACCGUAACCUCCCUGUUUGCCCCUCAAAAGCCUUAACUGUUUGAUCCUUGAAUUGUCCUUGACUAUAGGCAUGGUGUAGAAUAUACAUUAAUAUUUAGCUACAUUUGUUUUUGUGAUACUGUAAACUGGGAGAUCAGACUCCCGAAAGGAUGAUUUUUUUAUUUGUAUUUAGAAUUUUAAUGUGUAGUACUGGGCUGUAACAAUUGCCACAUUCAGACUAAGUCUAGUUAUAUUUUCCAAAAAGUGUAUCUUUGUUUGCAGCAAAACAUUUUGAAGUCUUAGAUUUUAUUUUAUGUCAUGGGAAAACAGCUCAUGCGGCACGUUAAACAAAAACGCGUAUGUUAUACGACUGGGCUGAACGGCACAGACCUGCGGUUUUCGAUACGAGUAGGCCUAGUUUUCACUUUUUGUCACUAUACUUUGCCCCACGAAGCUGCUAUUUUUAUUCCGACUACAAAGUGUUGUGAGGAUAGAGUUGAGAUCUAAUUUAUAUUAUGCCUUUUUUGCAAUGCAAUAUUGUUAAUAGCAUCAGCGGACGUAAUAAGUUAUUCCAUUCGCCUGUGUCGUUGUAAAGCUUGAACGUUUCGACUUCCUGCAUUUCUUUCGUUCCUCAUUUCAUGCCUUGUUACAGCUCAAGAGUACAAAGUCAGGUUACUCUUUUAAUAGUUACUUUCUCUAUGUGAAGUGCCUCCUCUGGGCUGACGUGCACCGCGUGUAUGUGACCGUCAGGACGGAAAAUGGACCGACGCUAGUGCACGUUCCACAGACGUAGUGCACUGCUCACGAACGAGGGACCGAUCUACUUUAAAACUACUGAUAUCGUUCAAAAAACCACAUAAAUAUGAACACAACGUGCUGCUCCAGGUGCAAGAUUUGUUUGGAUGAGAAUAGUUGCUGCUGAUUCACUAGUUUAGGUGGCGAGAGCUACGCUGCUUAACUCCCUAGUGUCCUUGAAACAUUCGAAGGAAUGCUCUAGAAAGGUCUUUUGGAGCACAUGCACUCCUGCCCCCAUCACCCCAUGCCCCUCUCCCUUCUGAAAACAACACAAUGGUAGUUUGAAACUACGGGAGUGCGCGUUAGGAGGAGUUGAGUGUGUUUCAUCUUGUUCCACCAAAGAACAAAAUGUUACUUGAAUGGUAGCAGCGUGCACCUGUUUCGUGUAACCGAAAACUGUCAUUCCAGAUACGCAUUUUUUCAGGAACGUGUUGCACAAACAUUCCCCUCUAACCAAAAUAAAGUUUGAAUUGCAUU